AUGGGCAGUUCUAAAGAUGUCUUAAGUUUUGUGAAUUCGCAAGAAUGUGAAGUAUUUUUUGUUCGAUACUUUAGUCGAUUAUUCGACGAUCGUGCCUUUUUCAUGGCAUCACAGAUCACUGCGCUGGAAGCAGUCGAAAAGGCAUGCAAAGCUGCUCCAUCUUGGCGCAUGGCUGCUGAUCAUUGCGUCAAUGCACUCGAGAAACUCAGCACUGACUCAGAGACAAACGCACUCAUAAGUAAUUUAAACAAGGCGGUUAUCGAAUGCGACGAAUCUGGAAAUACUUCGCUAUUUUGUGAACGUUUCAAUAUAAUACCGCGGUAUAAAAACAACGAGCUAGCGGAUGAAAUUCCUCCGAAAAUGAAAUUCUGUAUCGAUCUGAUACUUUGUUUACUGUCAUCAUCGAUUGAUUAUCGUGAUGUCUGGAGUGUGACGCGGUUUUUUGGUCGCGUAUGCGAUGAAGUUUUACCAGCAUUAAGAAGGCGUGCAGAAGAGACGAAUGGUAAUUUGAAUAUUAUGUCGCAGUACAUUCAGAUUCUUCUUUCGUACGUGAUGACGGCUGAAUUCAACGGUACGCGAGGUGACGAUGAUAUUUUAUCAGCGAACUUCACAAUUCUAAAGAAAUUUACCGGAACAAUUACAAAUAUGUCGGAUGUACUGCAAGAUGAUUCGCCUCCAACGAGUUUCGAUCAAAUAAGUGUCGAGAUUUUAGUUCACCCAUUCUGUUUCAACUUAAAUUCUACCUUUCGGUAUUCGGCAUUAUGCUAUCGAACUAAUCGUUUCGUGGAAGCUGACCAUACGAAAAUUGCCUCAAAAGAUUUCAAUAUCCUUUUUUUUCCACAGGAUUUAUCGAUUUAUACGAAAAACCAUGUGGUAGCGUUUGCGUUACGUGAUCGUCUAAUUUGUUUGAAUUGUAUUAGUGAUAUGGGUGCGGCGUCUCCGCUGUUCAGAUCGCCUUCUCUCAACACUGAAGUCAUUUGCACUCAGUUAUCAUCGGAUUGUAACGGGAAAUCGGAAAAAGAAGAAAAAAGCACUCCAUCCAGAAGUUCCGACCAUGAACGUCACACUCGUUUCGUAACUUUCAUCGACUUCGAUACACCAGAGUCAAAUACGGAGCAAGUUGUUACGACUGCAUGUUCAGUGGAUUCGGGUGUUGUCGAGGAUAUUAGUGAAAGUGAGAAGGAGAACUUAGAUCCCGAUGCAGUUGUCAUCUUGGAAAGGUGUAAAAACACCGAGGUAUGUUUGAAACGUUGCAAACUUGAAAUGAAUUAA